AUGUCUAAGCAAAUCCCAAACCCCAAGGGUUACCCUUUCAUCGGCAAUGUGCUCGAUGUGAACCCAGACCAUCCUCAGGAAAGUCUUGCACAAAUUUCUGAAUCAUAUGGACCGAUCUUCAGACUCUAUCUUCCAGCUGAAAGGAUCUUUGUUGCUAACUACGCCCUCGCAAAAGACCUGUUUGAUGAGGCGAGAUUCGAGAAAGCUGUUAUAGGUCCUCUGGAACAAGUCCGUAAUGCUACUAAGGAUGGCCUGUUCACGGCGUACCCAGGAGAGCACAACUGGGAGGUUGCACAUCGAACCCUCAUGCCAGCUUUUGGGCCUCUUUCUAUCCAGAACAUGUUUGGUGGUGCGUAUUGUAUAACAUUUAGUUCUGGGAUGCAGGACAUCGUGUCUCAGAUGGUUACAAGAUGGGCUAGAUUUGGGCCACGUACACCCAUCGACGUCUCAACAGAUUUCACAAAGCUGACACUCGAUUCAAUUGCCCUAUGUGCCAUGGGAGAACGGUUCAACUCGUUCUACCAUGAUGAUAACCAUCCCUUUGUGGGCGCCAUGAACAACAUGCUUGUCGAGUCUUUUGCCCGUUCUCGACGCCCGGCCUUUGCCUCUGCCGUAAUGAAAGCCAGUAACGCGAGAUACGAAUCCGAUAUUGCCGAGCUGGAGAACAUCUCGAGGGAGCUUCUUGAAGCACGUCGACAGAAUCCCGUAGACAAGAAGGACCUCCUCAAUGCAAUGAUCAACGGUAGAGAUCCCAAGACGGGCGAGGGACUAGGUGACGACGCUAUCAUACGAAACAUGAUAACAUUUCUAAUCGCGGGCCACGAGACCACGUCUGGUCUUUUAUCCUUUCUCUUUUACCUGUUGCUCGAAACACCCUCAGCUCUCAGGCGAGCGGUGGAGGAGGUCGACAGGGUUCUUGGCUCCCAACUCAUCACGGUUGCACAUCUCGCCAAGUUGCCUUAUAUCGAUGCCUGCCUGAAGGAAACGCUACGACUCUACCCCACGGCACCCGGGUUCACUCUCCGGGCGAAAGGGGACCAGGUAUUGAAUAAUGAGUACACGAUCAAGGACAAGGAAUGCGUCACUAUUCUGCUGGCAAGACUCCAUCGUGAUCCCGACGUGUAUGGCCCUGACGCAGAAGACUUUGACCCCUCUCGUAUGUUGCCAGACAAGUUCAACAAACUACCUGCGAAUACAUGGAAGCCGUUUGGUCAUGGCGUUCGAGCCUGCAUUGGCAGACCCUUUGCUAUACAGGAGGCAAUCCUUGCGACUGCUACCAUUCUUCAGACAUUCCACAUAACCAAGGACAAUCCGUCAUACCAACUUCAAAUUCGGACAGCUUUAACCAUCAAGCCCCAGGGGUUCAAGAUCCGAGCUAAACUCAGGAACCCUUCAUUUCUCGAAGGUGCUGAACUAGGCCAUGGUAGUGGCUCUGGCAACGCGGCCUCUUCCAAAACACCAUCCAAAGCCCAUGCUGCCAAACAAGAAGGCAAUUCGGAGCCCAUUUCCAUCUUUUUCGGAUCCAACACAGGGACGUGUGAAGCUCUUGCGCAGUCUGUCGCUAGUUCUGCAGAAGAAAAUGGCUAUGCACCCAAAGUUGACUCAUUAGACAACGCAAUCUCGUCGCUCAAGCCCAAUGUGCCGGUAGUGGUAAUUACCGGAAGCUACGAAGGUCAGCCACCAGACAAUGCAGCUCAUUUUGUGGAGUGGCUAGCAUCGCUUUCGUCGGGAGAGCUCAGCAAGGUUCCUUACGCUGUUUUUGGUGUUGGUAAUGAGGAGUGGCAUAACACAUACCAGAGAAUCCCAAGUCUCAUUGACGAACAGCUUGAAAAGGCGGGUGCCACGCGCCUCGUCUCUCGGGCAGCUAUUGAUGUAGCCAAAACCAAUUGCCUCGAGACUAUCGAAGAGUGGCAGGAAAUCCUGCCGCUGAACCAUCCCGACGUUGUCCACCGGGUUAUGAGGAGGUUCCAUCUCCCUUGGGAUACAACUGUUUGCAUCGAUGGUUCCAAAUCGACGAGCCUACCAACAGGCAAGCCGUUUUCCGUACAGAAUCUACUGGCUGGGAUGCUAGAGCUCGGUCAACCAGUCACGGAGCGUCAGGCACUACAGCUGACCGAGACAAUUCCGGACAAGACCAAGUCGGAUGAGCUGAAGGAGCGUGUCAAGCAGGGUAAUCUCUCCAAGCUAAACACUACUUUACUGGACCUCCUGGAGGAUUAUCCAUCUGCGACAUAUUCCUUCGGGCAGUACUUGGCCGCUCUGCCAGCCCUCCAUUUACGCCAAUACAGCAUCUCCUCCUCACCCGUAGCCUCAGCGUCACCGUCCGAGUGCUCCUUGACAUACAGCGUCAUCGACGCCCCUGCCAAGGGCAACUCUCAGGGACAUCGCUAUCUGGGUGUUGCGAGCACUUACCUUGAGCGCCUCCAACCAGGAGAUCAUAUCCAAGUUGGUGUCCGUCCGAGUCGCUCCGGGUUUCACCUCCCAGCCGAGAGCAAGACGCCAAUCGUCAUGGCAUGCGCAGGCACAGGUCUCGCCCCCUUCUACGGAUUCGUAGCGGAGCGCGCCGUCAAGAAGAGCCAGGGCCUGACGGUUGGUACGGCUCAGCUGUUCUACGGCUGUAACGGUCCUGACGAGGACGAUCUUUAUCGUGGGCAGUUCGAUGAGUGGGAGCGUGACGGGGUAGUCAAGGUGUAUCGUGCAUACACAUUUGCCCCGGAAAAGUCAGAGAAUUGCAAGUUCGUGCAAGACAGGAUGUGGUUUGAUAGGCAAGACAUCGUAACGUCAUUCCGAGAGGGCGCCCAAUUCUACAUUUGCGGGGCUGGGAUCGUGGGAAGCAGCAUUCAAAAGGUGUUGGCCAAGAUAAGGGCUGAAGCGGCAGAUUGCGAUCAGGAAUCGGCGUCCGUUUGGCUUGACAGCAUGAAAGGGGAGAGAUACUGGGCCGAUGUUUUUGCUUAA